CACCUCGGGAUGUCGUUUAAAACCCCAGCAACAUGGAUGACCGACGGCCUCUAGCUUCCCUCCACUGGCCUCCCCUGAUACCAAAUCUUAACCCUAACCCUAGGAGGAGGUUCUGAUCGGCCUUCGGAGGUCGGUUAUGGCGGCCGCGCAGGCGCGAGAGCUGACGCCGCCGCCGGUCAUUCGAAAAGCCGGGAGCUACACCGUCUUCCUGACCCCUCCGGCGACCCCGAAGCCCUCCGAGGCCCCGAGAUUCCCUGUCUCCAGCCCCAGCCCUAACCCUAGCUCCAGCCCUAUAAAGGAGGCUCCUUUGCCUCCCAAGGCUCCUCCCUCCUAUCCUCCUCCCGUGCAGGCCCCGCCGCUGAGUUUCGGGAAGCCGACCGCCCGGUCGUCGGGCUCCGCGUUCGGCUUCUUCUGGGAUACCGUCGCCAAAGUCCAAGAUGCGCAUUCGAGCUUGGAUGAGUACUUGGCGAAUUGGUUGGGGCUGGACCAGUCGAAGUAUCAGUGGGCUUUGAACUAUUACUACGAGAACAAAGAAGUGGUAAAGGAAGGUGGCAAAGCAGGACUUGCCGGCAAAAAGCAAGUUGUGUAACCUCUUGUAUAACUUCAAGGUUUUGCAGUCCUUAUGACUACGUAUCUGAUACAAUGUGAUGAAAAUUCCAUCUGAAAUAAAUAUGUAUGGAAGCAGAGAGGACUAUUCCAUUCAGAAGCUGGGUCUGAUGUUCUCACUUCGGAUGCCAUGCUGCCUUUGCCGAUUAUUGUGUGGCUUCUAAAUUGCGGAGGCUGUUAUUGCCAAUUAAAAUGCUACCAUCUGUAAAGUAAUCUGUUCAUGUCAUCGGAGGAGCAAUGAGUUAUAGAUCAGAGUUUUGUUUUGACUCUGUUAUGAUCUUCAAAUUAGAAAAAUGAUAAACAUGCGUAUUUUCUUA